AGGGGAAACUAGUCUCGCGUUUCCCGGAAGCAGGACCGCAGAAUCAUGGCGACCGUCUCAGUGUGCCAGUAUCAUCCUGGAGGUUUCAGUUUCGAAAACUGCAAGAGAAAUGCCCUUUUGGACGCAGACAUCACUAAGCUGGGGUUCAGCUCUCCUGCUGCUCGUAAAACCGGAACCACCAUUUGUGGCGUCGUUUACAAGGAUGGUGUUGUUUUAGGUGCGGACACUCGUGCCACUGAAGGAAUGAUUGUGGCUGAUAAGAACUGCUCUAAAAUUCACUACAUUUCUCCCAACAUCUAUUGUUGUGGAGCCGGUACCGCAGCAGACACUGAGAUGACCACACAGAUCAUCUCCUCUAAUCUGGAGCUCCAUGCUCUGUCCACCGGCCGUGUCCCGCGUGUCGCCACCGCAAACCGCAUGCUCAAACAGAUGCUCUUCAGGUAUCAGGGUUAUAUUGGUGCUGCGUUGGUUCUCGGAGGGGUUGACUGCAACGGUCCACACUUGUACAGCAUCUAUCCUCAUGGAUCAACAGACAAACUACCCUAUGUCACAAUGGGUUCUGGAUCUCUGGCAGCAAUGGCAGUCUUUGAGGAUCGCUACAGGCCCAACAUGGAGGAGGAUGAGGCCAAGCUUCUGGUGCGGGAUGCAAUAGCGGCUGGUAUCUUUAAUGACCUGGGCUCAGGAAGCAACAUUGACCUGUGUGUGAUCACCAAGGGGCAGGUGGACUACCUGAGACCUCAUGACGUGGCCAACAAAAAGGGUGUCAGAACCGGAAGCUACAAGUACAAGCAUGGAACCACCGCGGUUCUGACGAAGGCUGUGACUCCUCUGAACCUAGAGGUGGUAGAGGAAAGUGUGCACACCAUGGACACCUCCUGAGGAGACACAAUCCACCACAUUUUGAUCUGUUUGUUUUCCCUAACUGUUAUGUGGUGAUUUAGUCAUUUUUCAUUAUUUCCAAUAAAAGAAGUUGUGAGUUGAA